AUGGUAAUAUCAAGGCGUAGACGUGGCGUCACUCUGAUGGUACUGACGUUCACUGUGACCGUCCAACUGUAUUUUGUGGUCUCCAGCCUCAAUAAAACAUCACCAAGUUCACACUCUCUGGGGAUUCCUGCUAAGGUCAAGGGUCAUUCGUACUAUACUACCAAAUCAAAGGGUCUAUUUGACAACCAUACGCAAUACAGCGAGGGAAUUCUGCUCUCUUCACAUAAAACCAAACCAGAUGACGAUCAAAUUUUCAAAAAGGCGGACAGAAAAACUCGUCACGCCACCAAAUCUCCUCAGGAGUACAUACUCGCACUGAAGGAGAAAUACAAGCAUGUGCAAUAUAGAUUAUCUUGCAGAUACAACAAGACACAAAAUGGACUCUCCAAAGUUUGUUUCGAUAGGUUUAAAAACGGGUCAAUGGGCAUGCUGACUGCGCAAGCUGUGUUUAUGAGGAGGGAGAACUUCACAUCAGACGCGUCCGGGCAAGAUAGGGCUGGAGUCAAAAGGGAACAUGGUGUUGAUAGACAGAGUGUGUUUAACGAGGAAGACCCUAAGAUACCCGAAGCACCACCCGAACUGAGCAAACCGAUAUACAACAGAAAACACCGUGUGGAGUCAAUUGCCAAGAAACCAGUCUUGAAAGCACGGCAUUCUCCGAAACCUGGCAUCAUGAACAACACACGCUGGGUAGCCUUCAGAGAUGUCCACAACUACAGAUACUUGGUCAACCCUAGCUUCAACAUUUGCACGACCGGCGGGCGACGCGAUAAACGGGUUGAUCUGUUGGUGCUCGUCACGUCUCACCCGGACCACUCCGAGAGGCGUGAUGUCAUCCGGGAGACGUGGGGGGCUCGCGGGAGCGUCAAACCCACCCUACCGAUGCCGGUCGUACGCGUUCUGUUCCUACUCGGCGUGACAUCAUUGGAGAGCAAUGGUGGGCAACAACUCAGCGAGAGCUUACAGAAGGAGGUUAACGACCACAAUGACAUCAUAGUAGAGGAGUUUCUGGACACCUAUCUGAACCUGACCCUCAAGACCGUGAUGGGACUCAAGUGGGCUAGUCGGCACUGCCAAACCGCCCGUUUCGUCAUGAAGACCGACGAUGACAUGAUCAUAAACAUGCCCAGGCUACUGGCGUUCCUGCACAAAGAGCCCCAGCACGCUUACAUCGCCGGCCGCUUGGCAAAGGCCUUCCCGGUCGUGCGAGAUCCCUCCGAGAAAUUCUACGUCCCGGGCGACAUCUACGCGCCGUCGACCUACCCGGAUUAUUGCAUAGGUCUCGGGUACAUCAUGUCCUCCGACGUGGUGAAUAGACUUUAUCUCCAAUCUCUCCUGACCAAACUCUUCCCAUGGGAAGACGUCUUCGUUGGCAUCUUACUCAAGCAAAUAGGAAUUAUCCCGCGUGAUAUUCGCAACUUUUAUUAUUUUAAAGGAGACGGGAUAUUUGAAGGUGAUGUUAUUGUGAACCAAUCUAAGGUGUUUUUCCACCUUCGCUCGUACUACGUGUUGGAUGGACUAACACCGAAACAAAGUCGAAUAUUGUGGAAGCAGUGGCAGCAAUCAUAA